GCGGAGAUCUUGGAGACAUGCGUGUGUUUUCGUUAGAGUAUACGAUUAUUCUAAUUUUAGAAAACGGUCUAUCCAGGAGUAAUAUAUUUAUCUCUAACAUCCAAACUUAAUCGGAGAAGGAUUAGCACGAAUAUCGAGGAGAGAAUCUCAACAAGCAUGCGUUCUGUACGGUUGCUAUCUGGAUAUGAUAUGCCGACAGUGGGAUUAGGGACAUGGCAGGCUAAACCGGAAGAAAUCGAGACUGCUGUAAGCACCGCUUUGGAAUGCGGCUACAGACAUAUCGAUACAGCGUCCAAUUAUAAUAACGAAGAGGCAAUCGGCAAAGCCUUAAAAAAAUGGUUUGAAAAAGGUGGUACUAGGAAGGAACUUUUUAUCACGACGAAGUUGCCCCAUUAUGGUAAUCGACCAUCCGAUGUAGAAAAAUUCAUCAAGUUGUCAUUGGAGAAGCUUGGAUUGGAUUAUUUAGAUAUGUAUCUUGUUCACUUGCCAUUUACAUUUAAGUUUGACGAAAAGACAGGCGCUGCAGCGACCAAUGAAGAUGGAAGUUUUAUACUCGACUUUGAUACAGAUCCUAUCUCAGUAUGGAAGGAAAUGGAGCAACAAGUUAAAUCAGGCCGUACUAGAUCUAUAGGUUUGAGUAACUUUAAUGAGAAGCAAAUUAUGACUAUCUGGGAAAAUGCACAGAUUAAACCAAGUAAUCUACAGGUGGAGUUACACGCGUAUAUGCAACAGAAAUCAAUUCGAGAAUUGUGCAAGAAGCACAAUAUUGUUAUAACAGGAUACAGUCCACUGGGCUCUCCAGCUGCAAAGACGCAUUUUGAGACAAAAUAUAAAUAUACUUUAGAAAAAUGUCCCGACUUAUUAAACUAUCCGAUCAUACAAGAUAUCGCCGCGAAACAUAAAAAAACAACAGCGCAAAUCUUAUUACGUUAUUUACUGCAAUUGGAUAUUGUAAUUAUUCCCAAGAGCUCGUCUCCCGAAAGAAUCAAAUCGAAUAUCGAUUUAUUCAAUUUUACCUUAACAGAGAAUGAUAUGAAAGUCCUAAAUAGUUUAGAUAAAGGUGCUAAUGGCAGAAUUUUUAACUUCUUAUUCUUUAAAGGAGUUCAAAACCAUCCACAUUAUCCAUUUAAAGACGAACUUUCAUAAUUGUAAAUUAACAUCGAAUCAUUAGUUUUUUUAAUAAAAUAGUUGAAAAAGAAUUAUGUAACAUAUGCAACAAAAGCACAAUGUUAUAUGUAUUAUAAGUUAGAGACAUUUUUGUUGUUCUCUUUAAUGCAAUCUGUAUAACAUCUUACGUUGCAAACGAUGUUGCAGUUCACCGCGACGUAUCAUUAUACUUGAUGUCCAAUAGGAAAUCUGCUUUUCAAUUGCUUUUCGAUGCGCGACAAUAUUUCAUGAUCCUCUUCUGAGCAUACCUGCUAAUGAUCCAGACAUUGCUGCUUCUAAUGUAGACACUUGGAAAAGUCUUAGAGCCUCGUUAACAUGGAGUUCAGUAACAAAGGGUUGCAUCUGCAUUUUGGCCAGGGCUUCGGAAAUUCGUAUGACAGCCUCAAGCUGCCGAACUGUUAUAGUUUUUCCCCUGCUUCUGCACUGAGCCUUGGACCACAACGCCUACAAUGUAAAAAAAAUCAUAAUAGAGACACAUGUUACAUUGUAUAUUGAAGUUUACGCUUGUACAAUUAAAUACGAUAAGAUAUGUGACAAAAACUUA